AUAACUAAUGUCCUAUUUCCAAGAAUAAUUCUCUCAAAUUUGCCUCAAACAUUGAUCAUUGAGACAGAACACUAAAACAGCUACAGAUACUAAGAUAUAUAUAUAUAUAUCCACAAUGACUACCUUCACCAAACCCAACCGUCCUCUCACCUUUUUCAUCACCGGCGCCUCCUCAGGCUUUGGCGAAUCUCUGGCUCGUCUCGUCCUAGCUAAUGGCCAUAAGCUGAUAGCAACCUCCCGCAACCUUUCCCGCAAUCCGGAUUUUGUAACUGAGGUCAAUGCCCACGGAAACGGUAGCAAAUGGCUUAAGCUCGACGUGGAUGAUCAGAAUAGCGGCAAGCUUAUCGAGUCUCUUGAAGCGUCAGAUCACAUCGAUGUCCUGGUGAACAACGCCGGAUACUCCAUUUAUGGGCCAGUGGAAACUCUUUCCGAAGAGGAAGUGCGAGCACAGAUGGAUACUCUGUACUUCGGACCUCUUAGGCUUAUCCGUGCCGUAAUACCUCAUAUGCGAGAACGAAAAUACGGUGUCAUCGUAAACAUAAGCAGUGGUGCCGGCCUGGAGGGAAGAGACAGCAUGGGUGGUUAUGCCGGAGCCAAGGCUGCCCUCGAUGGAAUGUCCAAGGUUCUUGCCAAAGAAGUUGCCCCGUUCGGCAUUCGUACUCUGACGGUCACACUUGGGACCUUCAAUACAAGAUUCUCCGAUGUCACUAUCGUUGGCAAGAAUCCUAUGCCGGACGCUUACAAGGGGUCAGUGGCAGAGCAGAUGAUUGAUAUCCUGUCCAGUGGCAAGUUGAAACCAAAUGGUGAUAAGGAUAAGGCUAUGAAGGCACUGUAUGAGGUUAUCGUUGGUGAAGGUGUUGGCAAAGGCCGCGAAGCUGAACGGCUUCUGCCACUCGGUCAAGAUAUGACAGUUCGUGUGAAGACGGUCCAGGACUAUCUUGGUCAUGCCUUGGAAGUGUUUGGUGACAUCUGCAACAACGUCAACUUGGAACAGAAGUAAAGUUCUUGUCCGGGGUAACUCAUAAGAACACACUUCUCAGUGUUGAUCUCAGAAAAGGGGGAUAGCAUAUAACCUAGGUACCUAGUUUAACAUUCAUUCGAUAUCGAAAGAGAUAUAGAGAACUUAUUACAUAGUACCUUUCGUGUGGAUAAAUAAGACACGUUUCCCAAG